CUUUUUCCUUUCCCCUUCCCCUUCCCCUUCCCCUUCCCCUUCCCCUUCCCUUCUUCUUCUUCCUCCUCUUCUUCUUCUUCCUCUUCUUUCUGUCCUCAUUCAUUGAUAUCUUCCCUUUCCUUCUCUCUUUCUCUCUUUUCACUUUCUGUCCUCCAUGUGCAUUCUUUUGUCUUCAUUGCACUCAUUCUUUUCUCAUUCACUUUCACUAUACACCUCAAAAAUACUACAAGUAUAAUUGUAUUUGUAGCACCAAGACAACCUUAUCCCCCCCUUUUUUUAUCUUUUCAAAUUCGUCAACAACAUAGACAUUGCAACCAUGACUACACUACUACACUCUUCUAAUACUUCGCAGACUGCCGAAGCUUUGCUCAAUCGUGCACGACGACUCUCGAGCAAUGCAUACGUAAAGUCUUGUCCACCUCUGUCCUUCGCCGAAGGCGAGUCCUAUCGCUUUAACACAUAUUCUACUCCAUCUAGUCAACGAAGUUCAUUGAAUAGUGUCCUCUGGAAUCCUUCCAGACGAUCAUCUCUCGUUUCCGUACCUCGUCGCUCUUCUUCAACAACCCCUUCUUCACUUUCUUCUUCCACAUCCCCACUGUCAUUAUCGCAACUUUCAUCUUCUUCCCCCCAUGAUAAUCUAUGUUCAACUACUGCAGAUAUUUCCAUAACUCCCACAAUUAUCUCAUCCUCUCUGGAAAACAAGUCAAUUCUGUACCAGAAUCCUUUGCAGAAUGAGAGUCCCAAGUGUAACCACAUUAUAGCUAAUAGCGAUAGCAACACACCCCUCAACUCUUCCCCAACACAUUCUUUUACCUGUGCAACCACCCAAUCGUCACUUCUCCCAUCACCCUUAACAUCGCGUCCAAGAUCCCUCAUUUUGGAGAAUACUCAGCAGAUCCGAGGUUCAGCUCAAUACGCAGAAGGUGAAGAGAAAGGCGCACUUAAUCCCUUCUCAACCAAGGACCUCCGUCGCAAACAUCUUAGCGAGAAUGGAGGCAGUCUCGUUUAUGGUGUCUUGGCUGCUCUUCGACAAAGCUCAGAGCAGGAAUCGUCAUGGGCGCUCAACCCCAUGGGGAACAGCGCUGACAAAUUAGACGCACCUUCGAUUAUUCCGACGGUUACUAUGACAUCGAUAUCGUCGGUGGCAUGUUCUUCUGAGCAGGAGAAUAAUCAGGCCAUAUGCGAGGCUGAACGCACAUCAAUAGCCGGUAUAGUUGCUGUUAAUGAUAGCGAGCGGCCUUUGAAGAGCGGCUCUCUUGUGCAUACUGUUGAGCACCAGAUCACUCCCCCAACCUCUGUCAAGGAUGUGGCCGACGCCCACGUCUCUGAGGCGACAGUGAAAGAUGAAGAUGUAAUUGAUGGCUCUUCAGAGACAGCCUCUCUUCAGGAAGAUGACGUAUUACCUGGCUCUAAAACAAAGAUGGCGGUCGAACCGCCUGCACAGACGCUCUCCUCUUCUUCCGCUAAAUCGACAGGGGUAGAGCAGGAGAAGAAAGAAGGCAAGGGCUCAUACCUCCUGCAUAAGAUGGGUAUGCGCAAGAAUAGCAUCACAGAGGCAUCAUUAUCACCCAAGGACCCAAUGUCACCGCCAUCACCGCAUCUCUCUGUUUUAUCUAGUAAUUCCAAACGUUCGAGGCGAUCUUCAAGGUUACUGGGCAAGUUUGUCCCCAAGUUCUUGCAUACUUCUUCAUCCUCACCCACUGUCUCACCACAUCUGCAGACUUCGAGCCAAUCCAGUAGCAUGGCAACCACUGAAGAAUCCCCUGUUCUUCAUGGGCACAAUGAUGCCAUAAUAUAUUCUACCGUAUUCAAAGGUUCACAAGAAUCGCUACCCCUUGAGACUAUGGCUGAGGAGGAUGACCUGACCAAGACGUCUCCGAAAUCAACAUUUCUUGAAUGUCUUCGUGCUGGAGCCGUCUCCCCUUGCAUGUCUUUGGGGCGUCGUUCGUCUUGGUCCUCAGAUGUUUCAAAGCAAUCCGAUUAUUCAUAUGCAUCCAGACCCUCAGACUCUUCAAUGACCUCAAUCGAGUCCACUACAGAUGAGGAAAGCCGUGGGAGUGGGCCCAGGGUUCAGAGCACGUAUGCAAUCGAAACUAAAUACGAACAGGAGAAUACUAAGGAUGCUAGAGACGAUAGGGAUGGCGAUAAUAAAGGCGAUGACAGAGAGAAAGACCACACUAUUAUGGCCACCAUUGACUCGGCACAGGAAAAACCUCCAUUGUCUCCCUACAUCAUUGAUGAGGACUGUGAUGAUGAUUUUUUCUUGAACUCUGUCUUGCGCAGGAAAUCCCAGUCGACAAUAGACCCUAAAGCAGAGUCUCAGCAGUCUAAUAUGGUCAUGAAUUCGUCGUACCCUUCCAGCACGACCUUAAGUAGCAUGCAUUCAACCCCUUCGAUAUCUGGCUGGUCUAAUAACUCCUCCCAGGCUUCAUCCCCAUCUCCAACAUCACCUUUGUUCUCGACAAGCCAAGUAUAUCCAUUUCCGCCCUCUAUUGGUAGUGGCACUACAAAGACACCACCCACGACACCACCCCCAAGUAUGGCCAUGGCUGCGAUCUACCAGCGUACAAACCCUCUGCCGACACCGAUCUAUUCAGGGCUUGAUGAGAAGAGAACACGUUUGCGUGAAGCAGUCAGCGAGUGGCGACGAUCCACGAAUCUCUCCUAUUAAAGAUCCAAAAUACCCAGCAGGCAUAUCAUGCCUCUCCUAUAGUAAUGUCUACCGACUCACAAUUACUGUGAUAAUGAACCCGUUUCCAACGAAUAGUUUUUAAUGAACUCAAAAAAAAAAAAAAAAAAA